CUGUGGUCUAGGGCUCUACAAUAAAGGCUAAUCAACCAUUGGAAACGUGAAGUUAGGGCAACCAUAUAUUACUUUAUAAAUAAAUAAUAAUAAAUAAAAAAUAAAAACGAGGAGAACACAAUAACACAACUCUCACCACCCUCUCAUUGUUUGCUAUUCCGAUAUGAGCAUAGCCGUAGUGAACAGCUUCACCGUCACAGAGUUCGUAAACGACAAGGCCAAGUUCGAUAGCUUCGUGAAGGAGUGGUUUGCCAUGAUUGACGAGAACGGCGAUGGCAAGCUUUCGUGCGACGAAAUCCGCGGCAGGUUCGGCAUGCUUCUGCCCUUUGGCUCCGAAACGCCGCCGCAGAUGGAGGAAGAGAUAUUGAAGCGGUUCGAUGAAGACGGAAACGGUGCACUGGAUCCGACGGAGUUCAAGUCCUUGAUGACGGAGAUCAUGCAUGCCGUCGCUCGUGGCAUUGGUGGCUCUCCCAUCAUCGUCGCUCUUGGCAAAAAUAGCUUGCUUUUGAAGGCUGUGCAACAUGAAUUGGCAACACCACCCUCCUCCUGAAAUCAAUUCCUUGCAUCUUCUUAUGCUCUUUUUAUACGGUUCUUUAACUUAGAUUCUUAAUCUUUUGUUAAUUAUUCUUUCUACGUUUUGUUUAAUUUCCUUUGCUAGCUGUGCCCAUCGAUACAAUUAUAAGCUCCUUUUCUUUUACUUCAUCUGGGUCUUGCCAACUUCAGUUUUUGGUUUUUCUGAGGAUAUUAUAAUUAACAAUUGUAGAUCUAGUUAUUCAUGUGCUUAAA